AGACGUGAUGUUCCUCCGGCAAAAGGCUGCGGUCGUAUUUAAUAUGGCUGUCCGCUACGAAUGCGUUCAGUUCUCGUUCAACCACAACCGAUCCCGUACCCCAUGCAUAAAACAUUCUUCACUUGGCUACACGGACCGUGAUCCUCAUUCGCCUGCACCACGCACUAAACCUCCAAACAGCUAUUGUUGGACAGUGUUGGACAGUGAUCGCUCGCCGAUAUGAAGAUCUUGGUGUUUUUGAAUUUCUUCACGAUUUAUUCUACAAUUCUGGGUCAGGAAUUUUCGUACAACGGGCUUCUUGGUCCUGCGUACUGGGGCAACAAGUAUCAAACGUGCGUAGGAAAGCACCAAUCUCCGAUCAACAUCGUGGAGCAUUAUGUCGAGAAGGUCACACUUCCACCAUUGUGGUUUUCUGGUUUCAACAUACCUAGGAAAGCCAUGCUAACCAACAAUGGCCACACAGUACUCCUAAAGACAAUUGGAACUGACGUUCCUCUCAUAACCGGUGGACCUCUCAGAGACGACGUCUACGCGUUUGAACAGCUCCACUUUCACUGGGGAGAGAACGACAAAGAAGGUUCAGAAGAUAGGAUAAAUAACAGAUCAUUCGCUAUGGAACUUCAUGCCGUAUUUUACAAAUUAUCAUACGGAUCGUAUAAAGCGGCAACCAAUUUUCCAGACGGACUCACAGUAUUGGCGUAUUUCGUGACGGUUGACGAAACGUUUGAUCCGACCUACAGCCCUUUGGUCGAAACGUUGCCACUCAUCGAGGACAUUGGUUCAGAAGCUGUGCUAAGGGAUAAUCUCAUCCUCGAGUCUAUCCUGAAGACGAAUCAGCCUUCGAUGCAGAAUUAUUUCACGUACAAUGGUUCGUUGACGACACCACCUUGCUCCGAAGUGGUCACGUGGAUAGAUUUUAAAAAGCCGCACAUACUUUCCCACGAACAGAUUGAGGCUUUCCGUCGAAUUCGUAGCGCAGAAGGGGAAAGAGUGACACAUAACUUCCGGCCCGUACAACCUCUCGCCGACAGGAUAGUCUUUGAGAAUAUUCCUGAAACGAGCCACGACUACAGCCACGGGAUUCCUAACCAUCGCAAUCAUCAUCAUCCGCAACAGUUUGCGGGACAACUUGCGAACAGAGCUUCCCUUCCGAUUAUAGUUAUUAUUUCAUUAGCGACUGUUUUACGUCGAUAACAUCAUUUAUCAUCGC